AUGCUUUCCAAGAAAAGACCUCGCAUACGAAUUGUCCGAAGAUCCGAUAAAUAUUCUCAAAAUGCUGAGGCCAUUGCCAACAACUAUGAUCUUUUGAUACUGAUUCUAGUUCGUUUACCUGUUAAAUCUCUUCUUCGAUUCAAAUCUGUUUCGAAAACCUGGCACUCUAUCAUCUCCGAUCCCGAAUUCUCUCGUCGCCUUUCUCUCAACAUAUCAGGUUUGAAAGUUGUGCAGUCAUGCAAUGGAUUGCUAUUAUGUAGUAGCUCCCGUUAUUACAACAAUUUCAAUUAUGAUUAUUACAUUUAUAAUCCUACAACCAAACAAUUUGUUACUAUUCCUUUACCAAGUAACCUGCAGAAUGCUAGAGUUGUAUGUCGUUUGAGCUUAGCAUUUGAUCCAACCAAGUCACUUCACUAUAGAGUUGUAUGUGUUCGAGACCCCGACCCAUGGCUCAACAUUUUGGAUGAUCCAGAAUCGAACUAUGUGAGCCAACAAAUCGAAAUAUACUCGUCCCAAACUCGUUCCUGGAGACUCUCCGGUAGACCUUUCCUUUCCCAUGUCAACACUGGGUUUGGUGGUGGGCUGUUUUGCAAUGGUACCAUUCAUUGGCUUGGUGCAUAUAACAAUACUUCUUUCUAUUUCAACGUCGAAGACGAGGAACUUCGAGAUUUGCCAAUGCCUCCAAUUCCCGAUGAUUGGGAAGACCUUAGGCGGGUUCUGUAUUUCGGGGAAUCUCGAAACCAUUUGCAUCUUAUUGAAAUAUAUCGACCUCCAACAAGUCGAUUCAGUGUGUAUGAGGUUGAGAGUGAUUACUCUGGGUGGUUUGUGAAGUAUAACAUUAACCUUGAUCCACUAAUAGUUGCAUAUCCAGGAAUGGUAAGGACUUAUUGGGAUCCUUCGGAUUUGAAUUAUUACGCGUUUUCCAUUUUUUACAUUGUUAGGGAAGCAAAUGAUGAAGAAUCAUACAUGGUAUUGCAUAUACCUGAGAAGGUUAUUCGGUGUAGUCUAAAAGAUGGCAGCUUCAAGAAAAUAUGUGAUUUGGAUGCAAAUGAAGCUGAGUAUAGGAGCAGCCCUGCUUUGAUUUUAUUGGCCUAUUGUUGUGUUGGUGAAUUCAUUCAAACUCUAUCUCCUGUAUCACAACAAUCUCGAGAAUAA